AUGUCCACAGUUGGUUUUGGUGAUAUAUCUGCUGUAACAUAUUUUGGUAGAACAUUUAUGAUGCUUUUUAUCUCAAUUGGCCUGGUAUGUUGUUUCUAUUCCAAUCUGUUCAUUGGUGAUUAAAGCUAGCAUGCCUCUAUUUCCAGUUGUUUACAUGACUUGUUUCCUCUUUGAAACCUUUUUUGCUAUAGUGGAUGCUUAAUCCGCUGCACUUAGUAUUGCAUAGUAUCAGUUUCCCUUUGAAAUGUUUUUGAGUUUGUGGAUUUGGAAGAAUUCAAAGCUCUUUGGCAGUUAGGUAGUUUGCUUACAAUUUUUGUUGUAACUGUUCAAAGUUUAAUAUGUGACUGAAAGUUUCUUCUCUAAUUUGUGAUAGUCAAAUAAUGUCAUGGACUUAAUCAGCAUUUGAUGAACCAUAGGACUCUUAACUUCUUUAUUUCAGUACUGUUAAAUUCUUCAAUUAAAAUUUGACAGAACUAUUUAAAAAGUUAACAAAUUUUAUUCUGCAAGACUUAUGUCCAACUUUUUGUUUAGGGCAUGUUUGCUACAUACAUACCUGCAAUUUUGGAAUAUUUAUCAAGUCACACAAUUUAUCAUGGAUCAUACAAACUACCAGAUGGAAGAAAGUGAGAACCAUUAAUGUACACUUUAAAUGCUCAUAGGGAUUAAUGCACCUGAUCUGCAGGCUGCAUUAGACAGGACAUCUUGCCUCUUGCUACUUUCUUUUCCCUGAAAUUGUGACAAUCUUGGAUAUAGCAUUUCUUGCUUGAUAUGCAGUAGAACCCCUGUACCUCGAACUCCAAAGGGAAACGAAAGACAGUUCAAGUUAGUGAGGUUUGAGUUAUUGGGGUCAAUUGAAUAUUCAAUUUGCUAUGUUUGUACAUGUAAAAAAUCAGUAACUAUAUUAAUUAUUAAUAGUUACUGGUUUUUUUCCCCACAUCAGUGUGUAUAGUAUGUACCGCAGUCCGCAGUGCAAAUUUAAAUGAUUUAUUUCAUCAGAAAUGGUAACAUGAUUAGACAUUUUUACUAUAAAAUGUGAUCUAUUCACUGCACGAUGGUGUAUUUUUACCAAUAUACAACAAGGAACAGCUAAUUGGAUGGCAUCCGAGUGAAGUUGCAUGAACCAGAAUUCGAGUUAUUGAGGCAAAUUUCAGUGAAAUUUUGAUCAAGGGAAAGGACAUUUAGUUUGAGUUAGCGGGUUGCUAGAGCAGAUUCUACUGUACUCUGAACCAUGUAGCUUUUGUUGGUGUGCACCCAUACUCUUACUGACUCAACAAUAAGCCUAGUAAGGUUUUGGGCGGAUUAUAAACAGAACAGUUUUAAAACUUAAAGAGACUUAUUUAAAAAUGCUGUGAGCUAUAGUAUUAAUAAGCACUUAAGACAAAAAAAAUUAAUAUUUAUUAUUACAUUAAAAGAAUACCCAGUAUCUAAUUACAGGAGGGAUUAUAUCUGUUGUGUGGCCUGGGAUAGGGGAUUUCAAGGAGAGUCAUUUUUGUUUGCAUCUAGAUGGGCAAGUAUACUUGUGAAAGGCUUAGCUCAUAAAACAGAAUUGUACAGUAAAUGAUAUCAGCAAUCCCCUCUUUGUGUAAUUUAUUCCAGGCAUGUUAUUCUUUGUGGAUAUAUAACAAAGCAAAGUGUGGAAACCUUUCUAAGAGACUUUCUCCAUAAAGAUAGAUCUAAUACUUCAAUCAAUGCAGUCAUCAUGGGAAAGUGAGUAUUAAUGUUGUAUUGUAUUAAGUGCAAUCUCAAGGUCAUACCCUAGGUAGGGAAUCUAGAACAUAACCAGCUCACAUCAUAUGCUUGGUGCCUAGCAGUUGAAAUAACUAAUUGUUUUAAAAAAGUUUCUGUUGUGGCCAAAAAAAGAAAUUACUUCGCCACCAGACACUGUUAUAUGACGGCUGCCCUGCUGUGAACUGCAAUGUUUUGUAAAAACAUUUCAGCAUAUGGGAAGACCGAAACUUCAGAAUUUUCAGUGUCAUUUGCCAACAUAACUUUGCAAGGGUGCAAAGAAUUGUCAUAGAUAAAAGCUCAUUGUUUUGAGGAAAAGAUAUAGUUACACUUUAUAAUACUAUUUUAUACAAACACGAACAGAUCUCUCUAUACACAUCUGAUAUUUUAUUUCCCAAAAUAGAAUGAAAAAUAAAAAGUCUUGCAUAUUUGACUGCAGUGGAAAUUAUCAGCCCUUGGCCAUCUGGACCAAAAAAUGGAUUAGCUAGAACACUGGCAAAAAUUUCUAAAACAGUGAGACCUGUUAGACCACAAGUCCUUAAAGUGCCUGGUUAACUGUCUUCUGUGUAGAAAACUCAAGUUCAGCCUCAGUCUAAUUUCAUUGUUCAUGAAUCAGAAAUGCACCUGGUAUGCAAGUCACAUUUUUUGUGUUUUCCUUUUAGUUUUUUGCCAGAUGCAGAGCUUGAAUCAUUGUUCAAAAAACAUUUUAUUAGUGUAUCAUUUUUCAAGGGAACUGUUCUGAAUGGAGAUGACUGCCAACGAGUAAAGGUGGGUUCUUGGAUUGUUUUAACAAACUUACACAAUAAGAAGGCAAUAUAGGAAAGAAGACAGCAAACUCUGCGUGACAAGCGUGACAAUAAUUUGAUUAUGUCUGAAAAACGUUUCUGCCAAACCGUUGCCUCCCUUUAAACAGGUCUUUCUGUAAAAGACCUGAACACAGUGAGAAAAACUGAGGAUCAUAACAAAACAUGCAUGCUCAUAAGUAACAGCCAUGUCACGUUUGUCUCACAUAAAUGAUUUGCCAUCCUCUUCUUCUUGGUGUGCCUUCGUGUUGUCAGGGUGCAAAGAAAGUCAGUUUCACAGCCUGCCAUUCGGGCAAGCUGUAGCUAGCAUGUAUGAAAACAGGUGUGGGCUAUUCAGCAUUCAGCAUUAUGCAUUUUGCAACAGCCACACAGCAUACGAUGCAAUAUUAAUGUUUGUGUUUAAUUCAAUUUUUAGAUGAACUUGGCGGAUUGCUGUAUUGUCUUGUGCAAUAAAGAGUGUAUUGAUCCAGGUGAAGAGGAUGCAGAGAAUAUCAUGAGGUAUUAAAACAAAUAGUUGUUGCAUCAUAAUCAGGAUUAGCUAAUUAAAGACAAGGCUGUGCACUCUAAGGAAAGUGAGCCCGCAGUGCUCUGCACCUGUGCUGUACAAAAUUAAAUGUACGUUUAGCAAUCCAUUUUUUCCUAUUUAAAGCAAAUGUAAUGUAUAAAAGUAAUGAGAAAUCAGGCAAGCUUACAGCUAUUGUUUUCUCUGCACAUGUGAAAUCCAGGGUGCCCUGCAACUCAAAGUAAUUAAAGUCAUCAGGGGCAACCUGGAGCUCUUGAAAGACUUCCAUAAACCUCUUUUAAUGCAGCUUAACUGUUAACCCUCUAGUAAGAAUUAAGUGUUGAAAGUGGAACUCAGACUUUAUCAGCUUGAUCUCAUUAUCCUGAGUCCCUGAGUUUCUUAAAGGCCUAAACAAUAAUAGUAUUAAUCCCAAUCUCAAAACCUGCAGUGAUUGUGUUAAGUGACCGUGGCAUAUACUGCAGUCUCUAGUGAGGUCUGGAAUUUAUGCAGUGGAAGGAACAAAUUCUUAAGAAUGUAAAAAGUAUUUAAAAAAGAAGAAGAAGGCAGCCCGUCUCAUGCACUGGAAAUUAAAAUAACCAGCUUAGAUGCUUAAAGUUCUGUUAAAAUUACUCAUUUUAAUGUAUAAAGUACUUCCACACAAAACACCUCUUCUAGUAAGCCUAUUUUUUUCCUCAGGGUUGUAGCCAUAAAAAAUUAUUAUCCAGAAAUAAGAAUUAUUAUUCAACUACUUCAGUACAUGAACAAGGUGAGGUGGAAGCUGUCAUCAUUUUUGUUGUUGAUAUUAUAUUAAUUACCAUUAAUAGUUAUGGAUGCUCCUAAACCAUGAAAACUAAAAGCCAAUUCCCUUAUUUUGGCAGAGGGAAGUAAAAACUGGAAACAUGUCAGCAUUUUUGGGCCACAGUUUAAAAGAGAAACAUACAUCCGAUCAUUUUUUAGUAAAAAGAAAAUUGGAUGAGAUACUAGUCAAUGCAUGGCUGAAUACUUAUUAAAUAAUACUCCAUGUUAAUAAAUAAUAAUUGGUAUAUAUCACAUGAUUAUGUUGCAGAGACAUGGCGCAUGUUUUGUUCAACACAGUAAAGUAAUGAUUUAUCUUUAUAAUAUCUUCUCUCUUUUUGUGUGCAGUCUUACCUGUUGAACAUCCCAUCAUGGAAUCCAAAAUGUGGAGAUGAUGUGGUCUGCAUCAGUGAGGUACAAUGGACUUAAGUCAAAACUUAGGUCUAAUAAUAAUAAUAAUAAUAAUAAUAACAAUAAUUAUAAAUAAAAAAAUAAAGUUCUGGAUGGUUUGCUGAAGAAUUAUUUUUAUUAUCAUUAUCAUUAUUUUAAUAAAGUAUUUUGAAAUCAUUAUCACUAAAAAAUUAUUAUUAUUAUUACAGUUGACUUCCUGAUAAGUCAAACCUUCAACGGAAAUUGAGAAAAGGUUCGAGUUAUCGGGAGUUCGAGUUAUCGGGAGUUCAAAGAAAAUAGCCUCAAGUAAGGUAGAAAACAGUUUUUACUGCACAGUGAACAUUUUAAUCACAUUUAAUUGUAGAAAUGUCCAGUGAAAAUUAAAAGAUACUUUUAGAUUAUAAAUCAGAACGUAACAUAACAAAACAUAGCCUAAACAGAGCAUGCGUUUUACUGUUUUGAGAAGAAACGCUGCUUCACGUUAGCCUGUGACAAUCAACAUCAGCCUCCACUAGUAAACUAUACUCCUACAACACACCAAAUCCAAAAUUCAAUGGAAAUGAAAAGGAAAUCCAAAAUUCAAUGUUUCGGACGCCAGUAGAUGGCUUUUUUCCUGACCUUUUAAGGGCUCAAAACAUGGUUCAAGUUAUCGAGGGUAAAAUUAUAUAGAAAAUGACCUGAAGGGGAACGAAAAUUGGUUUGAGUUAGCGGGAGUUCGAGUUAUCAAGGGUUCAAGUUACCGAGGGUAAAAUUACAGUGAAUGUAUGACGGAAAUCCAGGGGAAAUAGAUUUUGGUUCGAGUUAGCGCAAGGUUCGAGUAAGCAGGGGUUCGAGUUAUUGGGAGUCGACUGUAUUAUUAUUAUUAUUAGUUAAUGAAAUACUGGAAGGUAAAAUAUUUUGUAAAUCAAUGUGCCUGAUUAAUCAGUAAUGCUGAAUAUUCUGUUCUUGUUCUGAUAAAAAAGGAACAACAUUAUUAUUAAGGCUCCUUUCCUUUUGCAGCUCAAAUUAGGAUUUAUUGCACAAAGUUGUCUGUCUCCAGGAUUCUCUACACUGUUGGCAAACAUUUUUUCCAUGAGAUCAAAUGAUACAGUAAGUGUUAUAAGGUUAUUACUGUUUUUUAAUAAAAUAAUUAUUAAUUUUACUGAUUAGGAACGUGAUAAAAUUAAUUUAAAUUUAUAAUAAUUUAUUUUAUAUAAUUAAAAUUGGGAUCUUGUUAAAGUGAAAAAACUGACUGAGAUUUUUUCAGUUUCUCUGUAUUAGCACUAUACUUGUAGGGUGUGUGUGAUUCAGCUAAUUGCUGUUACUGGUAAAUUCUUUGAGCACUGUUGAUUAAAACAUGCAAAUGAAAAAAGUUCAUUCAUAAACUUCAGUUUUGCUUUCCUUUGGUUGCACAGGGGUCACACACACCUUGAAAGUCCUUGAAUUUUAGUCUGAAAAGUGCUUGAAAAUUAAAGCUGGUGCUGGAAAGUGGUUGAAUUUCGGUGCUAUAAGUAUAUGCAACCCAGAUUCUCCAGUGCCUAAAAGGAGCGAAUAUAGAAAUACCUUCAGGAUAAAAUUGCUCAUGUGGAAGAACUAAAAAAGAAAAAGACUCAAGGCUCGUUUUUGCACUGAAUGGAGUCCUUGAAAAAUGGGAAAUGGGUCCUUGAAAGUCCUUGAAUUUUUUGUUCAAAAACGAGUAGGAACCCUGGUGUUAAUACAUGAUUUACAUCAAACCAACAAGGCCAUGGUUGUAUGUUAUAGCCGACAGGUGUCAUGGGUAAUCAAGCAUCCAAUGGUCAGACUCUGAAUCAGGCAUCAAUUAUGCAAAAUAGAAAUUCUGUUAGUAUAUUUCCUUGAGAAAAAAUUUAGCAAUCACUCCCAACACCNAAAUACUGGAAGGUAAAAUAUUUUGUAAAUCAAUGUGCCUGAUUAAUCAGUAAUGCUGAAUAUUCUGUUCUUGUUCUGAUAAAAAAGGAACAACAUUAUUAUUAAGGCUCCUUUCCUUUUGCAGCUCAAAUUAGGAUUUAUUGCACAAAGUUGUCUGUCUCCAGGAUUCUCUACACUGUUGGCAAACAUUUUUUCCAUGAGAUCAAAUGAUACAGUAAGUGUUAUAAGGUUAUUACUGUUUUUUAAUAAAAUAAUUAUUAAUUUUACUGAUUAGGAACGUGAUAAAAUUAAUUUAAAUUUAUAAUAAUUUAUUUUAUAUAAUUAAAAUUGGGAUCUUGUUAAAGUGAAAAAACUGACUGAGAUUUUUUCAGUUUCUCUGUAUUAGCACUAUACUUGUAGGGUGUGUGUGAUUCAGCUAAUUGCUGUUACUGGUAAAUUCUUUGAGCACUGUUGAUUAAAACAUGCAAAUGAAAAAAGUUCAUUCAUAAACUUCAGUUUUGCUUUCCUUUGGUUGCACAGGGGUCACACACACCUUGAAAGUCCUUGAAUUUUAGUCUGAAAAGUGCUUGAAAAUUAAAGCUGGUGCUGGAAAGUGGUUGAAUUUCGGUGCUAUAAGUAUAUGCAACCCAGAUUCUCCAGUGCCUAAAAGGAGCGAAUAUAGAAAUACCUUCAGGAUAAAAUUGCUCAUGUGGAAGAACUAAAAAAGAAAAAGACUCAAGGCUCGUUUUUGCACUGAAUGGAGUCCUUGAAAAAUGGGAAAUGGGUCCUUGAAAGUCCUUGAAUUUUUUGUUCAAAAACGAGUAGGAACCCUGGUGUUAAUACAUGAUUUACAUCAAACCAACAAGGCCAUGGUUGUAUGUUAUAGCCGACAGGUGUCAUGGGUAAUCAAGCAUCCAAUGGUCAGACUCUGAAUCAGGCAUCAAUUAUGCAAAAUAGAAAUUCUGUUAGUAUAUUUCCUUGAGAAAAAAUUUAGCAAUCACUCCCAACACCUUGUCAACACAGAUUAAUUCAAACAAACUUCUUUUUAGCUGAGCAAUUUAGCAUCGCUGUCCACAUUCUGGUAUCUACUUCCUUAGAUUGUAAAUUUGCAAGUAAUAAAUAUUAUAUCAGGCACAACACGCAGUAGUUGUACUAUUUCAUCCAAUGUCAUUGUCACUAUAAUGAAGGUACUUCACAAAAGUUUUGUUUUCCUGAUAAAGCUUUUAUUAUUAUUCUAUCCUUCAUUACAGCAAGACAUAUUCUUUGCUGCAGCUGCAGUAUCAUUUCACAGAACCGGAAACAAAAUAUGUACUUAUUGACUGAGUGGGAGAGCCGAACAGGAAAAUAUUUGACUCAAAAUCAGGAUGUACGGAUCGAGAGCCAAAUAUUUUCCCAUCCGGCCCUACCUAACUCAGUCAAUAAGAAUUUCAUCAUAUGACUGAACAUUGUGUUUUUUUUCUGACGGAGUGAACCUGCAUUGAUCAGUUCGCUUUUCUAGCAGGGCUGCGUUUUUCCAGCCCUAUCACUAAUGACAUGUACUGCACUCAAAAAGACUUUUUCAUCUGGUUUUCCUAUGAAAUUGCACAUGGAGCCAUACAGCCCAGGGGGGUACUCAGGAUUUCAAGUGACGGAGAUGAUCGAAUGGAGCCAAAAGUCAAGACCCAAAAAAAUCCCUAGGGUUUCCAGCAAAACCCAAAAAAAUCCCUGGACCAAAAAUUAAUCCCCAAAAAAUCCCGUGCCCAUUUUGUGGCCCUUAAGUUCCAGAAAGGGCUAAUGCUAUAACACAAAGAAAAACAUUGGAAAUUGAACAUUCAUGUUUGUUUAUUCAUCAUACCAUCUGAAUAUAUCCUUCCCCAUGGGACAAUGCAGACUACUGUAUAACACGUGCGAUGUAAAGCGACAUCAUAGUUAACUAUUAAACAACAGCAAAACACGUUUGUUUGUACUUUAUUCGCAGAACUACGCAGCCAGGGCACUACUGAUUCUUUUUAAUACGCCCAAAAAAUCCCUACUCAAAUCAAGCUAUACCCAAAAAAAUACUUGCCUAAUUUUCGUACCCAAAAAAAACCCGGAAUCGAAAAAUUUCAAACCCCAAAAAAUCCUUUGAUCAUCCCUGUCACUUGAAAUCCCGAGUGCCCCCCCUGGGCCAUACAGGUCAUAUUAUAAUAGACAGCUUUAGAUAGAUAACUUUAUCAAAGUGUCAAACAUGAACAGCACUAAGUAAGGACACUAUAAACUAAGAAUUUUAAGAAAAUACCAGUAUAUGUACCUUCUGCAAAUAUAUAUACAUAAUACAGUGCUCUUCAAAAUAAAAUGUCAGUGAUUUGGAAAAAUGCUUACUUCCCUGAGAGGACUUUUGGUUUUUUUUUUUCUAUAAAACCUUAUUAUGAUUUCUGUCUGUUUUUAACACAUUAUCUUGUUUUUGGAGUUUUAUCUCACCUUUGUCUAUUCAUUUUCUGUAAAAGCCUCACCGAGUUUGAUCAAAAUGUUUGUAGGCUUGAAAGCAUGUGCAUACAGUACUUUGAUGUAGCUCUGACAGGGUUGUGUGUACUUUUGCAUGAAUAUAAUAUACUUUACAUCCAUUUUAGGAAAACAGAAAAGAUUCAGAUAUCUGGAAGACAUCUUACAUAGAUGGUGCAAACCUUGAAAUGUACACUGAAACCCUGUCUAAUUCAUUUAAGGGAAUGAACUUCCAACAAGUUGCUGAGUAAGACCAAGAAUAUUUCUAAUUAAGGCAGAACAAUUAAAAAUUUUAUCUUGGAUUUAAAUAAGUUAAAACUUAAGAAUAAUAACUGUCAUUAGUUUCAAAACAUGAACGCUUGUUUGAGAUGACUGUCAGGCCAGUUUAAUUUGUUGUGUCUAAGGGUGGAUUUCCACUAUCACUUAAUUUUUACGUGCAUAUGCUGCACGUAAAAUUUUCAUCACAAAUAAAAGAGAGGCAAUAUAUAAAAGAUCACACAUAAAAGCAAAUGUUGAACCUCGCUUAACUUCAUGUUUAAGUGCAACACUUCAUACCUUGUCUCUGUUUAAAAUUAUGCAACAGUGGAAAUCCACCCUAAGGGUCAGCUGAUAAUUAAUAUUAACUUUAUUAGGGUUAGGGUUAGGGUUAGGGUUAGGGUUAUCUCUUAAAAUACUGCAUACUAAUAAGGAGGAGGUUUAUCAGUUGGAAGUCACUGCACAUGAUGUACUAUUGACCAUUUCAUAAGUUAAUGGGCUCAUGAAUUAUUAGUGGGUUUGAAUGAACCCAGUUAGAAAGCAUCACCUUUGUUUAAAGUUUUGCCCUGCCUUAAGAUUAGCAUAAUAGCUAUUUGUGGGGCAUACAAUAUAUUGUAAAACUAUAAUGUUUUGUUAGUAAAUACACUGUUGUUAUAUAUAUAACAACAGUGUAUUUACUAACAAACCAUUAUAGUUUUACAAUAUACUGUAUGCCCCACAAAUAGCUAUUAUGCUAAUCUUAAGGCAGGGCAAAACUUUAAACAAAGGUGAUAUUAACUUACAUAUUAAAAAAAGAACAGAGAUGCCAAAUUACCCCAGGCAAUUGAAGUCAACCACUGGGGAUGAGGUUGAAUUGAAGUAGUUGAACACUGCUUUUUAACUAGCCAAAAUAACAGUCAAGUACUGGGAGCAUUAAUUAUUUGAGGUGACUUGUCGGCACAGCACUAUUGGAUUACAUAUUAAAUUCAAAUGAAUAUUAUUUCCUUGGUGACAGGAUUUGUUUUGAAAAGCUCGGUCUUCUUCUAAUCGCCAUAGAAACUAUCAAACCUGAUGGGGAGAAAAUGUAAGUAUUAUUAUAACAUAAUUAUUCCCAAUAUGUGAGUGUAUUAAAAAUCACACUGUAAUGUAGUGCAAAUUGUAUUUAAUAGCAGAUCAAUAGUGAGUCUUCUUUUAUUCUUGCUAGAGACUCAAACUGUUAAGCUACCCUGAGCUUUUCACUAGGAUACUUAUGAAUAAAUCUUUGCUCCAUUUCUUCAAAGCUAUCUUUGAUACCAGUUUCAGGCCAGAAAUUUACCAGUCCUGAAUUUUAUAUACCAUUUGCCCAAACCGUAUGGUAAACAAACAAGUUCGUUAAAUGGUUAGUUUUUAUGAACAUUAGAGAGUUGUUUCUGCGGAGCCUUUAUGAGUAGAUGAUAUGUUGACUCUCUUGUGAAGAACUGGAUUAUGUGGAAUUCUCCAUUUUUAUGUUUUUAAUACAUUUUCUAUUUUCCCCUCAAUAAGCAAAUGAGACAAUUUUAGCUUUGGCAGGUGCAUCAGAGUAAGACUGAAUACUAAACUAGCAGGGAAGACUAUGAAGUACAAGAUCAGAUGAUACCAAAUGUCAACUAUAACCUAUUUCAAAUAUGGCCAGCUCAAGUUUCAAUCUCCAAACUCAACUUAAUAUAACCAACUGAACAACAAUGGUUUGUAUAAAUUGCUUGAUUUUGUAUUUUGUUUUCAAGAUUUACCAUCAAUCCUCGAGACAAGAUCAUUGAACAAAGAACCAGGGGCUACUUUAUUGCAGGAUCUUCUCCUGAAGUCAAAAGGUACAAG